AGAAAUUCAGUUNCACUAUCUUGUACCAUCACAAGAUAAUUUGGAAGGUCUGAGUGAGUCCCAAAUAGCAGGGAAGAAGUUGUUCUUAGUUCAAGGAGACAAACCUCAACUGAUGAACUGGGAGGAGUAUGGACUGAGGAUUAGUGUAGCAGAGGAUAGUCUAUCAGCAUCAGAGACUGUAGAAGUAUCAGUACUAGCUCUUGUAGGAGGACACUUCAAGUUUCCUGAUAAUACUAGACCAGUGAGUGCAGUGUAUGCAAUAUCAACCAGUCCACUCCUCAAGUCACUGAGGAUAGAAAUGCAACACUGUAUUGAUCUCAGUGAUCCUUCUUUAUCCAAGUAUCUUAAAUUUGCUGUUGCUCCAGUUCACACAGCUAGUCUUCCUUACCAGUUCUCACUAAUUGAAGGAGGGGAGUUUCCAGCAUACCAGAGAUAUGGAUGGAUUGAACGAAGUGAGUUCUGCUGUGUAACUACUGUUGCAAUAAAAGAAGAGGAAAAUGGAGGAGUUGGGAAUGAGGAGAGGAAUGGAGAGGAAGAUGGAGACUCAGGAGAUGAGGGAGGGAAAGGAAAGGGAGAGACAACAGGAGGAGAGGGACAAGGAGCAGGAGGACAAGAAGGAGAAGCAGGUGGAGUAGGAAGGAGUGAUAGAGAGGAAGAAGGGAACGGGUUGAAGGGUCCAGUGGAUUGUACUGAAGACUCUGAAUUAAGUACAUCACAAUCUAAAACUAUUGUAUCUACUCAUUCCACUGGUAUACCUGAAGCUACGGUGUAUGCUGGACAAGUGUUUUAUGAACGACCAGAUUUAUUGAGAUUCGCUGCUGCUAAAGAUUUAAAUGCUCUGAUUCAGUUCAUUAGAAAAGAAUAUCGUCAGCAUGAACUCAGACAAAAUUUUAAGUUUCAAUUUGAUCAUUCUUGUUUUGGAUGCCUUGAGCUAGUGUUUGGUCCUCAGGAUGAACCAAUAACUGGUUGGACUGUUAGUCCUGAUAUAGUACCAUGCCAGAUUGAAGAAGGAGAUUUAGAUAAUUUUGGUUCUGACAUUAAUACAAUUCCUCCAUCUUGUCUGGUAUCAAUAUAUGCUGACAGCAGUCAUCCUGAUACUGUUCAUGUACUGAAGUAUGCUAUACCAUUGAAAGGAUUACGUAAACCAAGAACAAUCAAUAUUAACAGAUCACUGAAAGAUAUAUCAGAUGCUGGUCAUUCUGUUGGUACUAAAGAUGUUCCUAAUCCUGUUUCACAUAAUGACCUCAAGAAGCACCUUAAUGAUCUGAAACGUUUCCUUUCAACUUCAGAAGCAAAGUUCCGUGAUAUAGCUAAUGGUUGUAAGGAAGUACAAAUUAUUGAUUCUUCUCAGUAUGAUGAGUUGUUUGAUGGAAUGACUAACCAGUCUUUAUCAAAAAGAGUAGAACUUUUUAUUGGAAAUAUUACAUUAUUAAUUGAACUUUGUCCUGAUCACAUUAGUACAUUCUUGUCUAUACUGAGGGAACAGGAUCAUGUUGUUCUUUCUACAUUAGCUGACAGGAUUGCUGCUUCAUAUAGAUGAACAAGAUAAUGAUAAUU